AUGUCAUUCGAAAGUUCUGCUGCGUCUAGGCGUAAGGCGUAUCGUGCUGAAAAAGAGCAAAAUCGUAAAGUUUUUAAACAUGUUAAAAUUGAUGACAGUACAGUCGAGGUCGACAAAUUAGAGCUUCCAAAGAAAAGGUAUUACCGACAAAGAGCUCAUUCUAAUCCAUUCUCUGAUCACCAGCUGGAGUACCCGGUUUCUCCUGAUUUAAUGGACUGGUCUAAGCUGUAUCCUCACUAUUAUGAUAAAGAUACAAAACAAAUGACGAAGGAUGUCACUAUAGCUGACAUCGGGUGUGGAUUCGGUGGUCUGCUGGUUGAUCUUGCUACCGCCUUCCCAGAUAAAUUGGCUCUUGGAAUGGAAAUUCGUGUUCAAGUUACGAACUACGUUGAAGAUAGAAUCCUUGCAUUGAGAGGCAAGCACCUAGAAACUCAGGGUUACCAAAAUAUUAGUGUAUUGAGAGGUAAUGCAAUGAAAUUCCUGCCUAACUUCUUCAAAAAAGGUCAACUAGAAAAGAUGUUUUUCUGCUUUCCUGAUCCCCACUUCAAGCAGCGUAAGCAUAAAGCUAGAAUUAUUACCAAUACGUUGUUGAGUGAUUAUGCAUACGUUCUACGUGAAGGCGGAAUAAUCUAUACUAUCACUGAUGUCCUCGAUUUACAUGAAUGGAUGGUGAAGCACUUGGAGAUGCAUCCUUUAUUUGAACGGAUGGACCAGAAAUGGGAAUCCGAGGAUAAAUGUGUGGAAAUUAUGACGCAUUCUACCGAGGAAGGUAAGAAAGUAGAAAGGAAAAAGGGUGAUAAGCAUAUAGCAUGCUUCAGGAGGUUGCCGAACCCACAAAUUGUGUAA